AACACCGAAGAUGAGGUUCUCAAGGCCGCCAUCGCAAAGUACGGGAAGAACCAAUGGGCCCGCAUAUCCUCGCUGCUCGUCCGGAAGACCCCCAAGCAGUGCAAGGCCCGGUGGUACGAAUGGCUCGACCCCUCCAUCAAGAAAACAGAAUGGUCCAAGACCGAGGACGAAAAGCUGCUGCACCUCGCCAAGCUCAUGCCCACCGAAUGGCGCACAAUAGCGCCGAUCGUCGGGCGCACUGCGACGCAGUGCCUCGAGCGGUACCAGAAGCUGCUUGACGAGGCGGAGACGAAGGAACACGAGGAGCUUGGUCUGGCUGGUCCGGGAGAGGAGGCGGGGCCGAGUGCGGACGACGUGAGGAAGCUGAGGCCGGGAGAGAUCGACCCUGACCCGGAGACGAAGCCUGCGCGGCCUGACCCCAUUGACGAGAAGGAGAUGUCGUCGGAAGCCCAAGAGUGUUGGUUGCUGGUGGCAGCGAUGCGAGCAAUAGGUUACUGAGCGAAUUCGAGGGUCUGAAGAGGGCACGUAUGGCGCGGACACCGAGAACACAGGUACAACACGACAAUGUCAUGUCCGAGGCCCAGAAUCUACGCAACAUGAUGGCUGCGCAGACGCCUCUGCUUGGCGACGAGAAUACACCUAUCCACGCCGACCCCACCGGAGGCACCGGCUUCGAAGGCGCGACGCCACGGCACCAAGUCGUGUUCACGCCCAAUCCCCUCGCGACGCCCAUGCACGCUGGCGGUACCGACGGCGCCGCCACGCCACGCGAAGUCGCAGCGACACCGGGCUCUGCGCUCAUGCGCACACCGAUGCGGGACACGCUGAGCAUCAACGAGCUGUCCCCGCUACGAGCGCACCUGGGAUGAGCGCGACGGAGGGGAAGACGACUCAGGUCUUUGACAAGAGCAAGGUCACCGUCAUUUUCGUACUGGG